AGCGGGGCAUAUGUCGCGUCCAGCCACAUCCCGUCUCAAUCCCAUUUGGCGCGUUCACUAAGCUUGCACCCAACCUCAGUCCUGGUUCACUUGCGUUCUCACUAAAAAUCCAAGCCAACAACGAAUUAUCUUGGUCAGGAUCUACAGCGUCCGCAAGCAUCGAGGUUUGGUUCUUGCUGCGUAGAUGAAUAUCGACCAACAAAAUAGGGACCAAUACUGAUCUCGACAUUCCUUGCUCUCCAAUACCCGACUCGAGAUCACCACCAGAAAGGGGCUGAGAAGAGAGUGACCAAGUGGUCGCCAUAUCAGAGGUGCUCCCUCUGAUGAACAUCAAAUACAAUAAGGGGAUAACAUUGCUGUUCGACCAAAGUAUCCAUUUACCCCAUCUCAGCUGUAUACCUGGGCAACAAGAUCUGCACAGCCACAUCUAAAGCAUCUCUUCCCAGCGUCAACAUACUAUUCUCACCACCAUUCACAAUGCCACCUCGCAAGUCUAGCUCGCGAAAAAGCGACACUUCGACUGCACGAUUUGUCCCGAUGGAUGAUGUGUCGCCCUUGGACCAAAGCCCAGCACCCGCUCCAACACAUGACAACGAUUCUAUGGCCACACAAGUACCUACUGCACCAGCACCAGCACCAGCACCGCAAGCUGCCAGUGAGACUGCUGCUACGGAAGCCGAGGCGGAUACUUCUGUGAACCAGAAUGGAGACAAGAAGGACAAGGACAAAGAGAAAGAGCAUAAGGAGCACAUCACCAUCGAGGACUUGACCCUUCCAAAGUCUAUAAUAACACGUCUGUCCAAGGGUGUUCUACCCCCCAACACACAGAUCCAGGCCAAUGCCAUCAUGGCUCUAAGCCAGAGCACCACAGUGUUCAUCAACUACCUAGCAUCUCACGCCAAUGAAAACACCGUCAAUGCAGGCAAAAAGACAAUCUCCCCUGCAGAUGUCUUCAAGGCCCUUGAGGAGACCGAGUUCGCGUUCCUCAAGGAACCUCUUGAAGCUGAAUUUGCUAAGUUCAACGCUAUCCAGACUGAAAAGCGCACAUCCUACCGUCAAAAAGUCCGCGCCAAAAAGUCUGACGGGCCAGACACUGACAUGCCAGACACCUCUAACAUGGAAACUGACGGAGACAUAACAGCUGUCUCAACAGGCCCUCUAGCUAAGCGCCCUCGUGUAGAGCCUGGAAAUGCAGAGGCAGAGGAGGAUGCGGCAACAGAGGAUGAGGUUGAGAUCCCCGAAGAUUCAGAGGACGAUGAAGUCGAAGAAGAAGAUGAGGAGGAGGGAGAAGCUAGUGGCGAUGAUACCCAGGAUGCCCUUGAGCUCAAGGAAGGGAAAGAGGAGAGAGACGAGGCAUUGGAUGGGGAUGAGAGUGAUUAGAAAUAUGUAGUUAGCCAUCCGGCCGAGGGGCUGGAUGGACGACUCUGGCGUUCAUGGUGCCACUGUCACAAUUUAUUGACACGAUAUUCUACUUCACUUUUCUUCAGUCGCCCU